AUGAGGCGGUUGUUUCAGCAGUAUUUCAGGCUACAUUCGUCACGUAGUCACCGCGAGACGGCUAAACAGCAACUUUGUGACAAUAUUUUAAAAAAUAUAUGUGAUUUAAUUUUCUCUCUUUAUUAUUUUUUUUGGAUUCAACAACGUCGACUAUUCAUCCGGUCAAGAGUAUUCAUGGGUAUAUAAUACAACAGGUCAUGUUCGUAAUUUCAAAUUUCUGCCCAUUGAUCAGCCGCAGCCAUUCCUAAGUCCCGCGAAAAAGUGCCAAGAUGCAAUCGAAAGCGAAGAGAUAAAAGCCACAGAGUAAGGGCCAAGAGUCCCACGAUGUUUUCUUUGGCUGAGGGUUGUGGGUGCGUUAGUUUUCGUGGCGGUCGACGUACUCGCUCCCAAGGAGAUGAUUCUUCAUCAUGCCGGAGCUCAGAAAUAGAACAAGAGGUUCCCCAAAGAUCGGGUAAAAGACUACUCAAUGGCGAAUGUACCAUGAAAGCUUUGGUACCCUUCUUGAAAUUUUGGAGAAGAGACGAUGUUAGUAUGACUAAAGCUGAAAGAACUAUGAAAGCCGCCAUUUUAAUUCAGCAGUGGUACAGGCGUUAUUUAGCGCGAAUGGAAGUGAGAAGGCGUUAUACCUGGACCAUAUUUCAGAACAUUGAAUAUGCGGGCGAACAUGAUCAAGUGAAGCUGUAUAAUUUUUUCAACGCACUGCUCAGCCACAUGAUGGAUACGAAUGGGCGGCCCUCCUCCGAGCGUACCUCGAGGACAGCUUCCGUUUUGGAACAAGUUUUUUCCGAAGAGUCUGACGAAGGAGGGGGCGUCGAUGAGACCGCUCCCCCGAAGCCUUCACGUGGCCCCGACGUUGAAUUCCCGCUACAAAGAAAGGAUAUCGACCUAUUGAUUGAGGCAUUCAGAAAGAAAAAGCAUCGUUUACAUCCAAAGCACGUAGCUCAGAUACUGAAAGAGGCCACACAAGUAUUGAAAAGGUUACCCAAUAUCAAUGUGGCUACCACAUCUAUAUCUAGCCAGAUCACUGUUUGCGGAGAUCUCCAUGGAAAACUAGACGAUCUACUCGUCAUAUUUCACAAGAAUGGCCUGCCAUCUCCAGAAAAUCCAUAUAUAUUUAACGGAGACUUUGUGGACAGAGGCAAGAAAGGUCUAGAAGUGUUUCUUCUGCUGUUAGCGUGCAUGCUCGCUUUUCCCGGGGGUGUUUUCUUGAAUCGCGGGAAUCACGAAGAUCUCAUUAUGAAUUCGAGGUACGGCUUCAUCAAAGAAGUUCACAUGAAGUACAGGCACAAUGCUGAGCGUCUUUUGAAACUGAUUGAGUGCGUGUAUCGGUGGCUUCCACUCGGGACCAUCAUAAAUAAUCGAGUUUUCGUUGUCCACGGAGGCAUCUCGGAUACUACAGACCUGGAUAUGAUUCGGAGCCUUGAAAGGGAUAAGUACGUGUCGCUUCUGCGGCCGCCGGUGAUCGAGGGCUCAACGGCCGCGGAGUCGAUAGAUAAGGUGGAGUGGAAGCAGGUGUUUGAUAUACUGUGGUCGGAUCCACAAUGCAUCGGAGGAUGUGUGGCAAAUGCGCUUCGAGGAGCAGGAACCUACUUCGGUCCUGAUGUAACAGCGUCGUUCCUCCAGAAGAAUAAGCUGAGCUUCAUAAUUAGAAGUCACGAAUGCAAGCCCGGUGGAUAUGAAAUAAUGCAUGGCGGUAAUGUAAUUACAAUUUUCUCGGCGUCGAACUAUUACGAGUUGGGUUCCAACAAGGGCGCUUACCUGAAACUAUGCGGGAACUCGUUGGAGCGCCAGUUCGUGCAAUACACGGCGGCCGUGUCUCGCACGCGGCGUCUCACCUUCAGGCAGCGGGUUGGCCUUGUCGAAUCGUCCGCCAUGAGGGAGCUACACAAUCAGAUUAUGAUGGCCAGGAGAUCUCUGGAAGCUACUUUCCGCAGCUUGGACUCGGAGCAAAGUGGUUUCAUAUCUAUAAGCGAUUGGUGUCAAGCCAUGGAGGAGACAACACACCUCGGUCUUCCGUGGAGGAUGCUUAAAGACAAGCUUGUUCGCACCGAUCCCGAGACACGCAAAGUACGUUACAUGGAUACAUUCGAACUCAACACCAAUAGGAACGGACGAAAAUCUGACACGCUGACAGUCGUCGAGACUUUGUAUAAAAAUCAAAGAAGCUUGGAGGCGAUCUUUAAGAUAUUGGAUAAAGAUAAUUCUGGUUACAUAACGUUGGAAGAGUUUUCCGAGGCUUGCCAGCUGAUCGGCAAGUACAUGCCGAAUCCGAUGACGCAGGAGCAGCUCGUCGACAUCUGUCGGCUCAUGGACAUCAACAAGGACGGCCUGGUUGAUCUCAACGAGUUCCUCGAGAGUUUCCGUCUCGCCGAAAAGAGUUUACACGAGCAGGAAAGGAUGUACGAAGACAUGCAGGCUACCUGACAAGAACUGGACCGCCGACCCAGCAGGACGGCGGUCGAUAGAAACGAAACCGGCGUCGAAAUAGAGAUCCUCAAACUGGACAACGAAGAACAAGGAAACGCUCGCGGUGAGAUCAAUGAUUUUAAACUAAUAGAUUGCGAGGACACGCCGAAGCGACCAGCGGGCCUGUUGGAAAGUGAUAUUUAAAAUUUAUCCAUAACUCACUGCCGGUAUUCUUAAUUUAAUUUGUAAGGCUUCACGUUUGACUCACUUAACGCUCCCAUAGAUUAGAUGUGUAUUGCGGCACGUUACAUUGGUAAGUACGUGUCCAUUGCUCUUUUCGUAUUCAAUGCUUAGGUCGCAUUUUAAAAUAUCUUAAUCGAAUUAUCUUCAAGAAAAAAAAAUUUUAAAAAAUGUCUAUAUUUAUAAAAGUAGUCAAACAUGAUACUUAAC